AUGGUUCAAAUCCGCUGCUUUCUUGAAACUGCUCUUGUGGGGGAAAUCGAUGGCAUGUUGUCCAAGCCUUCGUUGGCAUUUAGGAUCGGUUCGAUCGUCUGGUGUCCGGCACGGCAGACAGUUCCAGAAGUGCUUGCAGCACGUCUGGCUUCUCAGACAAAUGCUACAAAGCGAUUCCACAAAUUCCGCAACAGAUCUCCAUUUUCAAGAGAGGGAGAGCGAAUUAACGAGAAGAAAACAUACUACUCGCCUGCCUCCAUCAUCAGUAGUAUCACCCAAAUGGCAUACCGCGCGCUCCAGGGUAAAUCAUCACAUAAAAACGAAGAAUUUCUGCGUAAACGAUAUCACUUCCAUUGCAAAUCAAUUUGGUUUUCACAAGAGACUCAACUGAAUCUCUCGCUUGUGAUAUUCUACAACUGA